AUGUCGCAACUCGAGCAGCAGUUUGAGGGAUUGUUUUCAGAUGAGGAUCGGAAGGCCCUCCAACGGGCAGCCGAACUCCUCGGCCUUUCUUUUACUGAGCUGGUCUCACAACGAAAUCCUCAUGCCUCACGACGACAUGAUCCGAACGCUGCGCCUGGUUCUGUAGUCUCGUCUACGUCCUCGUCCUCGUCGGAUGUUACCACGCCCGUGGACGUGACGACUCCAACUCAGUUACUAUGGCCGACUUUAACCUGGAGCCCUGGAUUUGAGUAUCCUGUUCGUUCUGGCGCGUCACUCAUUGCCCCGAGCAAUGGCUCAUAUAUAGAUCUCCCUAUAUGGCCCAAUGAACGGCUGAAUUGGCAGGACUUACUCCAGGAGCACAGUUAUGCUCCGGACGUAGGCCUUGACUUUGGAACGGAUGGCUUCACUCUAGAGAAAGGUCUCUUCGGAGGCGACGUCAAUAGCUUGAGCGUUCCAAACGACAUUUCUUUAAGUCCCUGGUACAUGGCUGCGGAUCUGGGAGCCGGAGCCUCUUUCGAAACUACCCACUCUCGGACAUCAACAAAAAUCACCCCCAUCGACGACUUAGCCAUUGUCCAAAGCAUCGCCCUGGCGGCGGGCGGAUUGGGGUAUCUGGAUGCGGCGGCUGAACUCGGCCGUGUCAGCGGGCACACACAACCCCAGAGUUCUCUCCUUCCCGCGAACACACUAUCUCUGCUCGAUGAGUCGGAUUCGGUGGAUUUGACGUCACUGUUGACGCCUUUUCCAGACCACCCUCGUCUUACGCCGCAGUGUUUGGCCGAUCCAUUAGAUCCCGAAGGUGACUGUCUCGUCUGUAAGAAUCUCAAGGGACGGAUCAUCUACAGACUGCCCUGCCUCCGAUACAAGAUCUCCGACACUAAACUCCUCGACAAAGGGCCGCAUCCCAGGUUCUCUUGGACCCAGAGGUGGAAGACCAUGGAAAUAGUGGAGAUAGUCGACUGGGCCUCGGACGAAAUCAGAACCAUUACACUCACGCAGGACAUUGGCGAUUCAUCCUAUGAUAUUCAGGUGCGGGAGUUCAACCCGGUACUCGGCGACUCGCUCGACCGGAGCUGGAACAGCGCAUCGAAGGUUCAUUCACACCCAUGUACCCCUUACGCCAUCCACAACAUGAAGGAGACGGCCGAUGCCAUUUCCAAGUUUGUGGAUGCUAAUACGGAGACUUUCAUUUCGCACUACGUUGAUCGCGAGGAAGAACUUCUGUGGAACACUUACUGGAAGGCAUAUGAUCACAUCCGUGAGACUAGGAUACCGGAGGAGAGGAAGCUCCUCAUAUCAGUCCUUCGGCUCUGGGUGGCGGCCCGCAUGGAGUCAAAACAAGAACGGAUCAGCAGUGCCGAGGUUCUAGGCAUGACUCCGCAGGACUGGGAUCCGAAGGCCAGCAACUACGGGAAAUAUCUUGUCCCGCCCGUCAUGCAGGCCCAAAUCGAGCUCCUGACAACGAGGGCUGUCAUGAUCCCGAUGAAAGACAUGGUGCUAAAGCAGUUGCAGACUUUGGUAGAGAAGAACCAAGUCCGCUCGUGGUUCACCGUGUACCUUGCCAUUUUCAUUCUGCUACACAGCUGCGCAAUGCUGACCCGGGCUGAAGCUAUACGCAGUCGCCCGUUCGCUAUGGACUGGGACCGGCCUGGUAACAUUUCCUUUGCCCAGCUAAAUGAGGAGCAGGUUCGCUUCCUCAAACGGACGGUGGAGCUCGUCGAAAAGAACGGUACGCCAGUCUAA